AUGAAAUCGAACCUUAACCGCUCUUGCAAAAUGAAACGUGAUUUUGAUUCUCUCCGUGCUGGGCUUGCACCAUUGAAAUGUGCUGUGGAGAAAACAAAAUUGGAAAAAUCCUGCCCCUUGAAUUAUGAGGAAGGCUUUUGUAAAAGCUGUGCAGAAGAACAUCAGAAAAUACUCCUUAGUGACUCAUACCAUGCAGCCACCAGAAAUCUAGAUAUUGAAGAUGGAGAAAGACCCAUACAUAACAAAGAAAACAACCAAGUAACCCAGAGACUUGAUGAAGGUAUCUGUGAAAUGGAGGCAAUGGAAAGCAGUAAACUUAAUGAGGACAGUGGUUAUUCCUCUAUGUUAAGCACUCACUAUGCUGAUGCAAUAGAACAUGAGGAUAGUUUACCUUUGGCUGGGAACCUCUGUGGUACACCAAAGCAUUGUCUCAUGAAGAACCAAAAACAAGAACAGUUUUCAAAGAAGACACUGUUGCCAGUAGUCCAUUACGAAGAAGUGGUUUGCUCAACUUUGAAAAAAAGUGGUAAAAGAAAUCUCAAGUCUUGGGCUGCUGUAGAUAGAAUUGUUUCUAUGGGAAAAUUUGAACUUUGUAACUUAAUUGGAAAGAAAAUGGGGCUGGAUAGAAUAGACAUUCUUGCUGAACUCUUCCAAAAGAACCUGAGGCAUAUAUUAGCAAACAUUUUAAGGCAUCUCAGCAAGAUGGAUUUAGUAAAUUUUGCCAAAGUCAGCACAACAUGGCAGAAGAUUCUACAAGAAGAAAAAUGGAUUUUCCAAAUCCAUAGCAGAGCUGUGAAAAACCUUUCUAAUGUCACUAAGGCACCAGAGCGUGAUGCAACGAGAGAGUACGUUCUCUACAGAGUGUCCUUAGCUUCCAUUCAGAAAGCAACCCCACCAAAACACUUGAACAAAAAAAGCAACAAAUCCAAAGCAUCUAGGAAUCACAGCAGGCUCACAGAGUUUUCUGAGGCUGCCAGGAACUUGAAGAACACAGAAAGCCUUAAAGCCUGCCAUCGCUGUGGCUCACCUGCCAAGUAUGACUCCUACCUCCAAAGAGCAACGUGCAAUCGUGAGAGCUGUGGCUUUGACUUCUGCACCAAGUGCAUGUGCAGCUACCACAGCUCCAUUGACUGUGUCAGCAGCAAACCAGUGAAACACAGCUCCACACCAGGGCCGCUUCCUGGGACUAGGAAAAGCAAACAGAAUCUAAAGAGAUUGUGA